UAAUCACAUAAUUAGUUCACAAAAUAGUAGUCAUUGUUAUCACAAAAUAAUAACAAUAUAUAGAUAUAAUAGACACACAAUCUUAUUGAUUAAUGGCCAAUACAACUGAUCCAGAGGUGAUAGUCAUCGACGAUAUGAUGAAUAUUAAUAAUGAUAACAAUAACAGAUCAUUGAUGUCGACAAAGGAUAUUGUCAAAAGUUCGGUACAAAUGCUUAACGAAAUGUUUGCCAAUCCAUUGCCACAAUAUGUAGAGGAGGGCCGUACGGGUCCGCAACACGACCCAGUCUUUCAUAUGGCUGUCCACGUAAGCGGACUGACAUUUCGCGGACAAAGCCGAACCAAACAGAAGGCCCGACACGAAGCAGCCAAACAAGCACUCGACUAUUUUGACAGCAAUCGGCCACAACUCAAGUAUCGGUCGCGCAAUCGAUAUGAACCGUAUUAUCGGCGGACAUCAUAUGACAAUACAUCUCAACAACAACAGCAACAUUCUUCAUACCACAACUACAACUACAACAACUACAGUGACUUUGACACAAACUUUAUGCCAUAUAAUCUUAAUCAUCAUAAUAGUGGUAGCAAUUUGGUUGUCAGCGGUCAGCAGGUGUCCAGUAAUAGUAAUAAUAAUAAUAAUAAUAGGAAGAAGAAGAAAGUGGACGACUUUACGAGCGAUGAUUAUUUGAUCGACGAUUUGAUUGAAUUUAACGAUAAUUGUGAGCAAAAAUCAUCACAAGAAGUAUUGUUAUUGUCAUCGACCGCUGACACCAACACCACUAACAUGACUACCAGUGAUGAAGGGAUGGCCGUCACAAACAAAAAAGAGAGAAUCAUUUUGCGAGUAAUGAAUCAGUCAGACAACCAACCGGUUAACUCAAAUGCCGUCUCAUUGAUCCACGAACUGCAACCAAAUGCUCAAUGGGUUUGUACUGAACUCAAGACUGCAAACAAAUUGCAAUCACUUUCAUAUGAAAUGAGAUUGUUGUUACCGCUGGCCAACGAGUGUUUUGUUGGUACGGCCAGAACUAAAAAACUGGCCAAAUGUGAGGCCGCCACCAAAGCACUACUUCAGUUGUAUAACAUUACUGUUAAUCCACAAUCGGGACAAAAAUCCGAUGGUUUAAUACAUUUGAAUAAUACUAUUACUAUUGCUGAAGAACCGCUUGUUCUGAAACAAGCCAUUGCCGACAGAAUUGGUCGACAAGUAAUGGAAACGUGUCAUCAAGUUUGGCAACAAUUGACAGAUCUGAAGAAAUGGACAGUUCUUUCGGCUAUUGUAUUGACUGAUGAAACUGAUGCCGAUUUUUUGGAUAUCAUUUGUAUGACAAGUGGUACCAAAUGUGUUAAAGGAGACAACCUAUCAAUGAAUGGUUACGCACUCAACGACUGUCACGCAGAAGUGUUGGCCAGACGUGCUUUUCUUCAUUAUUUAUAUUCACAAAUUGAAAAACUUAUUGAUAAUAGUUAUGAAGAUAAACCAGAUUUUAUAGUCGAGAGACGUCCGGAUGGAUACGGUUUUCGUAUUAAAAAACACAUAAAAGUAAAUCUAUUCAUAAGUACGGCGCCGUGCGGUGACUCCCGAGUGUUUAGUCCUAAAGAAGAAGAAAGUGAUGCACAUCCUAAUAGGCAAACGAGAGGAUUAUUAAGAGCCAAAAUUGAAGGCGGAGAGGGAACCAUACCUGUUAAAAGAGAUGGUAUCCUAACAUGGGAUGGCAUACUUCAGGGUCAACAACGACUACAAUUCAUGUCCUGUUCCGAUAAGAUUGCCGUCUGGAAUGUUGUCGGCAUUCAGGGUGCAUUGUUAAGCCAUUUAAUUGAACCCAUUUAUAUCGAGUCUAUAGUAGUGGCCUCACUCUUCAAUUACGAUCAUUUAGUUCGGGCCAUCCAUUCGAGACUUAAUCUAAAUUUUGACUCAAAUUCAUUAAAGGAUUUGCCGACAAAUUUUAUGAUAAAUAAGUCUAAAGUCGCUAAAUGUCAGCUUAAAGAAGAUAUCACACGUCAGUUGACUAAAGCACCUAAUUAUGCAUUAAAUUGGAUUAAAGGCGAUGUAAAGCCUGAAGUGGUGUCCACCGAAAGCGGACGAAUUCAUGUCGAGAAUAUUAUCUCACGUUUAGCCAAACGGUCAUUGUUUGGAAGAUUUUGUGCACUAUUAGGUCGCAACACAACACCGUUACCUAACUGUCCAUUGGGUAACAGCAUUCCUCUGGUAUAUAGAGACGGCAAAACAGCAUCACUUGACUAUCAAAGAGCCAAAACACAGUGUAUGCAAGCAUUUCAAGAACAAAAUCUGGGCCAAUGGAUCCAAGUGCCCACUGAAAUAGAUCUCUUUAGGUUAUAG